UAAAUGCAAUGCCGCUGCAAUAGCUGUCGUGUCAAAAGUGGGCAAACCCAUCAUAAUCAGCAGCGAACUAGUCGCAUCGUCAUCGUUGUCGCAGUCGCCAUCAUCAUCGUCAUCGUACACGGCGCGGUCAGCACCGAUCCUGCACCUACACCGGCGUGUAGGAAGCUCGAAGAAAGCGCCUUGGGUGGUGGUGCGUCGUGCGGUAGCGCGAUCAUCUUCCUUCGGGGUCCAUCGCCCGCUACACUGCUGCUGCUGCUGCACCACAUGCACCACAACAACAGCGGUCAGCGAUUCCCGUUUGUAGUGGUGUGGGUGCAUGCACUGACGGCACAGCCAGAUCCCACCGGUUGUUCGGUCGGUCGGUCGGUCGUUUACGAGUUCGAGCAGUGCGAUUAGUUUUAAUUAGCUACGUAUUAUGUGGAUUCGUCAAGCCAAAAAUUUAUAGCGAUACUGCAGUUGCCACGUUAGGGAAGAAUUAAAGUUGGAGAAAACCCCGUCUCCACUGUGAAUCGGCCGUGGAAGUUUAAGGUACAUGCGCGUGCGCUCCUAUGCUCUGUGCUGUCAUCGUUUUCAACUCGACCAGAUCUGAUCUUGUGCGUCAACUGUCGUAGGAGUGCAAGCAAAAAAACGACCAUCUCCAGAUCUGAGGGGUGAUAAAUCAGAAUUCGAGUCGAUCUACGAUCAAGUAAUCGUACCUAGUGUGCGUGCGUGUUUGUGUGGGUGACCAGUUGAAAGUUAAAAGAAUUAAGAAUAGUGACACGGUUCAGCUGGAAGUCACCAUACACCAUCAGAGCAGACGGCCAGCAAACCAGCAUUCAAAAUGCCUUUCCGUUUGAAGCUAAAGAAAUCUCGCCAUUACAAUGUUAUGUCCAAGAGCCUGUUCGUCAUAUCCGUCGAUCAUCUGGAUUCAUCAACCAAGAUCGACUGUACGCUCAGCUCGGAAAGCACUGGCCAGGAAUGUUUGGAUAAUGUGUGCCAAAGAAUAUCGAUCCAGCAGCCGGAGUUCUUCGGCCUGCGGUAUGUGGUUAAAGGCACGUCGGACGAGAUGCGAUGGGUUGACCUGGAGCGUCCACUCAGCCGCCAGCUGGAGAAACACUCGGCCAACUCCAAGAUACUGCACCUGCGCGUGAUGUACUACGUACUGUCGGGCGUCAGCUUGAUACACGACGAGGGCACUCGGAACUACUACUUUCUGCAGCUCAAGCACGACGUUGUGGAGGGUCGCAUCAACUGUGAUCCACGGCAGGCGGUCAUACUGGCAAACUACAGCCGGCAGGCCGAGUACGGCAACCAUCAGGAUCGGCACACGGUCGAGUACCUGAAGACGCUGCUCUCCUUUCCCCACGAAAUGGUUCACGCCAACCUGCUGGAAGCUCUGACCGAGCAGGUAAUCCAGCAGGCACACGAACUGCACAACGUGACGCAGGGUGACGCGGAAAGUCUGUACAUAUCCGCCUGCCAGCAGCUGGACGGGUAUGGGCAGGAAACGUUCACUGCGAAGAACGAAACCGGGCUGGAGGUAAUGCUGGGAAUCUCAGUGUCGGGCAUCAUUGUGGCAAGCGACACAAACAAGUUUUACCCGUGGCGCGAUAUUAAGAACGUGGUGAACCACAAACGGGCGUUCAACAUCGAGUGUACGGUACCGCGGGAAAGUGCCGGGUUCACGGUGGCGGACGUUGCCACUGGCCGCUACAUCUGGAAGCUGUGUGCAUUGCAGCAUCGGUUCUUCGUGACGUACGAGCAGAACCAGACGCAGGCGAGCCAGAUGAACUUGAAUCUGUUCCAGAACAUGGGUGACAAUUUGAACGACAGUCGGGAUGACCUGCUCAGUGAACAACAGUAUAUGCACGCGCAGCAGCAGCAGCAUCAACCUAGUCCAUCCCCGGGAGGAUCACAGCCUCCGUACCAGGGUUCGAUGGGGACGACCAAUUGGCCAAGCACGCACGAGCUGGCCUCACACUCGUCCAGCAUGUGGAACAACGCUGCCCAUCAGCAGCACGCACUGGUAGACACGCAGCCCGGCGGAGGCGGCCACUUGUCCUCUAGCAAUAUUACAAUUGCGACCGGUGUUGGCGGAAGCAUCAAUAAUCUCAACAACCUCAAUCCGGCCAACAUGAUGCAAUCUUCGCGCUCCUCCGGGCUCGACAUUAACCUCAACUCGACCUCUACCACCGCGGUGCCAUUGGAGUAUUCGAACCAGAUGGGUUCGAACUGGGGUUUGAAUCCUGUCGGAUCGAAUGCGUCGCUCAUAAAUCGUGCCCAAAGUUCGUCUUGCUUGGAUUUAAGCAACAACAAUCUGUCGCCCGAUCGGGACCGUUUAAAGGCGCUUCUACCAACGUAUCGUCCGGCGCCAGACUACGAGACAGCUAUCCAGCAGAAGUACCGUUCAAGCAGUAACGAUGUACGGUUGGUAAACGGCAACCUAUUGCACCUGUCCGCCUCGCAGAUGCUCGCUGCGCAAGAACAACAGCACCACCAGCAACAGGUGGCAUCGGCAGGACAUCAUCUCGAGUACGGAAUUACCGGUAGCCAGCCGGACGUGUCCUACUAUGGACAGCAUUUGCAGCAGCAGCAGCAGCAACAACAGCAGCAGCAGCAGCAACAGUCAGCCGCCCAGCAAGUCCACCAGCAACCGUAUCCGGAUGUGACGCAUCAUACAACGACUCACAUCAUAGGACCACACUACUCGGAUGCGUCCGAUUAUGGGUUGACGCAUCGGUUUAAAAUGAUGCGCCUGAUAAAGCCACCCCCGCCGUAUCCCGCCAAUCGACUCAGCUCAACGUCCACGCCCGAUUUGGCUUCGCAUCGUGCACUGCUCGGUCUGCGCAGUGCGCAGGUGUCCGGUUCUAGUCCCGAUCUGGUGUCGACCCGUCCACUGAUGAACCACCAUCAUCAUGCGGCGCACCUGCCACACCAUCAGCUUCAAAUUGCUCAUCUCUCUCAGAGCGGUGGCCAAGUUUGCUAUCCCGGACUGGCAGCUGCAGGCAAUCCUCAUGCGCAGUUGCACCACUCGCAGACGAUGCUACCGCACGGGACGUAUGAAAAUUUGAACUUUAUGGAGAAUCUAACAUCGACGAAAGCUGGCCUAAUAUCGGCCGCCAAUCAAGCGGCUCCCGGUAAUGUGUUUUAUUACGUCCCGGGGGGCAUGGAGCACAUUUUGCUCACCAGCGGAAAUACUCCCGGAGGUGAGAGCAGUAGUCCGUCCUACCAUACUGCUGCCAACGGUCACAUUGGACUGGCGCCCAAAACGCACCUCAAUCGAUCCUCUCAACACAUCAACGGAUCCAUCGAGCCGAUCUACGAAAACAUCCCACUGCCCUGGAAGGAUGACAGCGAUGCGCUCGGGGAGAUACGAAACCGAACGGCAAGCGUCCAAUCAGCUCCGGGAGUGCAGCACCAACCGACGAUGCGGCCAAUGCCACCCACCCCUCCACAGCCGCAAACUCCCACAAGCACUAGCGCACCGGGCAGUGCUCUAGACGGUGCCAUGUUUAACCUUCAGUCCGCGGCCCAGCAGCCGCAGCAACAGCUACAGCACAAACCAUCCAAACAGCAGCCACAAAUACAGGAACAGCCAGCGGGACGUCAGCAGCUGCUGCAUCAGCGGGCUUCCGAGGUGGGAGGCUCAAGCACAACGAUGGGUCCACCGGCACCAGCCGCAGCCGACGUGCCAAAGCAACCGACCAACAGCCAUUCCGGAAGUAUAGACGCUCAGCUGAACAGUUCUACCGCGACGACCGCAACGACGGCAUCGAGUGGAAUGAUGGCCGCGGUGAAGGAACCGGCUUCGGUCAUCAAUCGCUCACACUCGUCGAACAACGUGCUCGAUGCGUCGCAACUCUCCAGCUACACGCUAAAUGAAACGGUCCAGAGCGGUAGCGUACGCAACGGGCACAACGAUUCCGGCAUCAGCUCGAUUACGGGCUCGACCAAUCUCGGUGGUAGCGGUGGCAGCACGACCAGUCGAAACACUACCCACAACAACAACAACAACAACAACAACAAUGUUAGCAGCAGCACGGCCACCACCAACAACACGUCCGCCACGUCCACAUCCGUGAAGGAAACGAAGCGCAAGCGCAUCUGGGAAAUUCUGGGCGGUCGAUCGAAAAACUCCGCCGACAAGCAGAAAAGCGCCACGCUCGGUCGGGAGAAGGAUCGCAAAAAGAAAGGGUCGGCCGAUCCGGCUGUAGACGGCAGUGGCAGUGGUGGCAGUGCGAACUCUUCCAUGCACGAGAGUGCAAACGGUGGCCAGCUGCGGCAUCGUUGGUCCACGGGAUUACCGAGGCUGCAGCCACUGCCGGCAAACAUUAGCAAGGAAAAGUUGUGCUCGCUAUUGGAAUCUAAAUUGGCCGACCCGCAGCUGUACUGUGAGUUUGAGCGCAUCCCCAAACGUAGUGAAAGCGCCGUCUACAACUGUGCCCUGGCGGAGGAUAACAAGAACAAGAACUUUGAUUCAUCCUUCCUACCGUACGACAAUAAUCGUGUGAGGCUAACGCCGACGCGGGACAAUCGGAUGGGUUACGUGAAUGCUUCGCACAUAACAAGCACGGUUGGCAACAAGCAACGGUUCUACAUUGUCGCCGAAAGCCCGAACGACACACUGACGACACACAUUUUCUGGCAGUGCGUCUGGGAAGCGGACGUCUAUCUACUGGUACAGCUAUCCAAAGAGCUUAACUACAUCCCUCAGACAAGUGAACGGUGCUUGGAGUACGGACAGUAUCAAGUAUGGCGCGAAUUUUCGCAAGAGACAGAUCGCUGCACAACGAGCAAGCUGCGCGUCUAUCACACACAAAGCCGCCGUUACCGGUCCGUUUGGCACCUGUCGUACACGGAGUGGGCCGACCAGAACUGCCCCGGAGAUGUUGGACAUUUUUUGGGAUUUUUGGAAGAAUUGAACUCCGUUCGUCUGGCAUCGAUUGCGGAGGUUCCACCAUCGCACAACACCAAUCCUCCGGUGCUGAUACACUGCAACGAGGGUGGUGGUCGUACGGGAGUAACAUUGGUAGCGGACCUACUGCUGUACACACUGGAUCAUAAUCAGGACAUCGACAUACCGCGGUUGAUAGGCCAACUACGGCAGCAGCGGGACAGCAUCAUACCAUCGUUAGCGCAGUACAAAUUCAUCCAUUCACUGCUGAUACACUACCUAAAGCAAAACAGACUGAUCUAAAGGCUAUAGUGAUGCAAUGGUCACGAAACAAACUCUACUGGGUGCUACGCAAGAUGUGGCUGCUGCAUUUUUGCAUUAGUCUUUUUCGACAUUUUUGACCGGUUUUCUGAUAAAAUUUUUGUUCGAACGUUAGGACGAAAGGACGAGCCGCGGGAUCAAAGCACUAAUAGUUAGCAAACAGACGUGCCUUAACACUCAACACGCCAAAGCUGAGCGACGAUGCGCUUGAUCGCAGCAAUGGUUUAAGUGGAAAGCACAAAGCCCCGAGUGGCUGGUACGUAACCGCCGGCAACAAAACCAGAUCAGAGCCUGUGGAUCAUUGUGCGAGCUAGUAUUAAUUUAGACGAAAAUGAUAAUGUAUUAUUUGAUCUUUUUAACCCAUUACGUUCCCCCAAACGCAUGCGUGGAAGGAACGGGAAGUGUUUUAGCUAGCUGCUAGUAUUAUAUUUGCUCCUACUUCUGUAACUACAACCACCAGUAAUGCUGUGCUGGAGCUGCUUUCAGCAAACGUGUAGAAGCGUGCUAAAUUCGCAAGACUUACUGUAAUUAUUAUCGUUUAGUUGGCGCCGGCUAAAGCUAGUGCUGCUAAAGGGGUGCGUAAAGCAAUUUUUAACUGUGCAAAACGGUCAACCGAAUAACGCAAAAGUAUUUCCUUCGCUGUAGACAUGUAGGUGAUUAUUUAUGUACGACGUCGUCAUUAUGUGACCGACCUCCUUUCCCCCUUCCCCCCCUGCUAAGUGGCUGUAUUUUUAUAUCUGUAGGAAAUUUGUAACGUUGUAUUGUAAUAAAACUGGACAACCAUUCAUUUGUA